AUGUCUGACAAUAUAAAUCUUUCACCUGCCACAAAAAAGAGAAAAUUAGAGAGCGAUAUUGACGAUAAUUCAGUUGCUAACAACCUUAGUAAUAAACAGCACUCCAAGAAAUCGUCGUCGGCGGGUGAAUUAGAAAAAAGUAAAAAUCAUACAAAUAAUCAGCAACAACAACAACAAAAAUCUUCAAAUAAAACAAUGGCGAAUGGAAAUAAUGAUGAAAAAGGCCACAAAGAAAUCGAUGAGGGACUCUACAGUCGUCAACUUUAUGUGCUUGGACAUGAAGCGAUGAGACGAAUGGCAAUUUCUGAUGUCUUGAUAUCAGGCAUCGAUGGAUUAGGCGUUGAAAUUGCUAAAAAUGUCAUUUUAGCUGGUGUCAAAAGUGUCACUUUGCAUGACGAACAAAAUUGUACAUUGUCAGAUCUCUCGUCGCAAUUCUACUUAAGUGAGUCAUCGAUCGGACAGAAUCGUGCUGAGGCAAGCUGUAAUCAUCUGUCGGAACUCAAUCAAUAUGUUCCAACGACUGCAUAUACUGGAAAAUUGACAGAAGAAGUUUUGCAAAAGUUUAGCGUAGUCGUUCUGACCGAAAAUGAUGAAAUUGAACAAAAGCGAAUUGCUAAAAUCACCCGUAAACAUAAUAUUGCUCUUAUCGUAGCUGUUACACGUGGACUUUUUGGACAAAUCUUCUGUGAUUUUGGUCCAGAAUUUGUUGUUAAUGAUGUAAAUGGAGCCAGUCCUCUCUCAGCAAUGAUUGCUGGCAUUUCUAAGGAUAAAGAAGGUGUAGUAACAUGCUUGGAUGAAGCUCGACAUGGAUUUGAGGAUGGCGAUUGUGUGACGUUUACUGAGGUUCAAGGUAUGGAAGAAUUGAACGGAUGUGAGCCGAUGAAAAUCAAAGUCCUUGGUCCUUAUACUUUCUCAAUUGGCGAUACAACAAAUUUGUCGGAUUAUGUUCGCGGUGGCAUUGUAAUACAAGUAAAAAUGCCAAAAACAGUCGUCUUUAAGACCUUAGAGGAAGCUGAAAAGAAUCCAGAAUUUGUUCUUUCUGAUUACUCAAAGUUUGAUCAUCCACAAAAUAUUAAUAUUGCCUUUACUGCUUUAUCACGUUAUUUCGCUAAAAAUGGACGAAAUCCAAGACCUUGGCACAAUGAUGACUAUCCUGAAUUCCUUGAACUGUGUAAGGAACGUGCAAAGGAAUUAAAUGUCGAGGAGCUUAAAGAAGAACUUCUUGAAAUUUUCGGAAAGACAUCGAGUGGUGAUUUAUGUCCAAUUAAUGCUGUUAUUGGUGGUAUGAGUGCACAGGAAGUGAUGAAAGCAUGUAGUGGAAAAUUCAUGCCAAUUAUGCAGUUCUUUAGUUUCGAUGCAAUCGAAUGUUUGCCUGAAGAUAUUAGCGGAUUAACGGACACUGAAUGUCAACCAAUCGGAUCUCGUUAUGAUUCACAAAUUGCUAUUUUUGGAAAGAAAUUCCAAGACAAGUUGGGAUCAUUAAAGUACUUUAUUGUUGGCGCCGGAGCAAUUGGUUGUGAAUUAUUAAAGAAUUUCGGAAUGAUGGGAAUUGGUGCUGGAAAAGAUGGUGAAUUAAUCAUUACUGAUAUGGAUCUUAUUGAGAAAUCAAACUUGAAUCGUCAAUUCUUGUUCCGACCAAAAGACGUUCAAUCACCAAAAUCACGCGUUGCUGCUGCUGCUGUCAAACAAAUGAAUCCAGAACUUAAUGUUACUUAUCAUGAAAAUCGUGUCGGUGCAGCUACUGAGAAUAUUUAUGAUGAUGACUUCUUUGAACGAUUGGAUGGCGUUGCUAAUGCUUUGGAUAAUAUUGAAGCACGUAACUAUAUGGAUCGUCGUUGUGUCUAUUAUCGUUUGCCCUUGCUUGAAUCUGGCACUUUGGGAACAAUGGGUAACAUUCAAGUCGUUGUACCCUUCCUAACUGAAUCGUAUAGCUCAAGCCAAGAUCCACCAGAAAAGAGUAUUCCAAUUUGUACUCUCAAAAACUUCCCAAAUGCUAUCGAACAUACAUUACAAUGGGCACGCGACAUGUUUGAAGGAAUUUUCACUCAAUCCCCACACAAUGCAUCUGAAUAUAUCCGUGAUAUUGGAUUUAUUGAACGUACACUUAAAUUGCCAGGCGUUCAGCCAUUAGAAACAAUGGAAUCUGUAAAACGUGCAUUGAUCGACGAUCGUCCAUUGAGCUUUGCUGACUGCGUUAAAUGGGCUCGUUUCCAUUUUGAGGAGAACUUUACGAAUCAAAUUAAGCAAUUAUUGUUUAAUUUCCCACCUGAUCAACAGACAUCAACUGGUCAGCCAUUCUGGUCUGGUCCAAAACGUUGUCCAGUUCCAAUGGUUUUCGAUAAAGACGAGCCACUUCAUCUUGAUUACGUCUUUGCUGGAGCUAACUUAAAAGCUGAAAUUUAUGGCUUACCACAAGUUCGUGAUCGCAAUAAGGUCUACGAGCUGGUUUCUCAAGUUCAUGUUCCAAUUUUCACUCCGAGAUCAGGCAUCAAGAUUGCUGAAAAUGAUGCAGCGCUAGCUCAACAAGACAACAGUUCGUACGAUAGCGAUCGAGUAGAAAAUAUUAAAAGCGAAUUGCUGAAAUUGGGAAAGCCAUCAUUUAAUAUAACUCCACUUGAUUUCGAGAAAGAUGAUGAUGCCAAUUUUCAUAUGGAUUAUAUUGUAGCCGCAUCAAACUUGCGUGCUGCUAAUUAUAGUAUUGCACCAGCCGAUAAGCAUAAGUCCAAAUUGAUCGCCGGAAAAAUUAUUCCUGCAAUAGCUACUACAACAUCAUUAGUUUCAGGAUGUGUUGCCUUAGAAUUGAUAAAAUUAGCUCAAGGCUUCAAGACACUCGACCGCUACAAGAAUGGGUUCGUUAACAUCGCAUUGCCGUUAGUCGCAUUUACUGAGCCAAUUCAAGCAAAGGAACUAGAAUAUAAUGGCAAUAAGUGGACAUUAUGGGAUCGAUUUGAAGUUGAAGGCGAAAUGACAUUAGCAGAAUUUAUCAAUCACUUUAAGAACGAUCAUAAGCUUGAAAUCACAAUGCUGUCUCAAGGAGUUGGAAUGCUUUAUUCAUUUUUUCAGCCUAAAGCUAAACGUGACGAACGUAUGGUAUUGCCAAUGACUGAAAUUGUACGGAAAGUAACAAAACGUGAGAUUGCACCUUAUGAGCAUGCACUUGUAUUCGAAAUUUGCUGUAAUGAUGCAAAUGAUGAGGACUGUGAGGUUCCAUACGUUCGUUAUACUUUACCACGCUAA